AAAGAAAGACUAGAAGUAGCCGUCUCCGAAGUUAAAGUGUCCAAAGUUAGGGUUCCGCUCUCCAUUCCUCUGCUAGUCUGCUUAUCGAUUAUACGAUUCAGGAACUUUUUCGCAAUCUUGGAAUGGCGGCCGAGCAGAAGGCAGCUACCGAGGACGUAAAGAUGGACCUGUUCGAGGACGAUGAUGAAUUUGAGGAGUUCGAAAUCGAUCAAGAGUGGAUUGAGAAGGAUGAAGGGAAAGAGGUGACACAGCAGUGGGAGGAUGAUUGGGAUGAUGAUGAUGUCAAUGACGACUUCUCACUACAGCUACGGAGGGAAUUGGAGCAGAAUGCCGAGAAGAAGUAAAGCUAAUGACUCUGUAUCUGAGAUUUUAUGUUCUGCAAAUGAUGGUAUGAGCAAACAAGAGCCGAUCCGUUAUGUGAGCAUGUCGCAAUAUGUUUGGGUGGUGUGCUCUUAUGCUCAUUAACAUCUGCACUGAUACUUUGUUUUUCAAUAUGAACUUCCUCCCUCUGGUGUGUCAUUCUGCAUUAAGAUUCAGCUAUCUGCACUGUCUUCUUGUGUCCAUGGCCUUAUCGAGAUGGUAGGGCUUUCAAUGGUGUUGCAUUCAACUUUUGGUUUUCAUGGUGAAGCCAAGAUAGUGUCUGAAAAUCGGCAACCUAUAUACUGCCAUUGAAAUGAUUUGCUCAGUCGAUGUCUGAGUAUAGCUGUUUCAGUUGAAUCGGGUAGUGUUGUCUGAAUCACGGUUGAUAGUCAUCAUAAUAUCCGUUUUCUGUUUGUGACUUGCAUUGU